ACCACUCACUGUCGCAAGGCACCAAAAAUAACAGUAACGUCAGCUAAGCUCCAACCCGAAGCUCCCUCAAUCCAACAACCUUUUCUCAACCAAGAAAAGAACUCACCAGCAUGUCCAACACCAACCUACCCAGUGGCUCACCACCACCAAACGCUACGUACGUGUCAUUGCACCCCGACACGUCCUAGCCCCUCCUAUACCAAAAACACAAACAAAAAACAACUAAACUAACAAAUCUAGACUCUACAUCAAUAACCUCGAAGAAACCGUCAAGAUCCCCGCGCUAAUCGAAGCGCUCACGGAACUCUUCUCUGAAUAUGGCACAAUUAUCGAGAUCAUCGCAAAGACGAAUCUAAAAGCUAAAGGCCAGGCAUUUAUCGUUUUUGAAAAUGUAGAGAGUGCUACGAAAGCUAUAGAGGAUAUUCAGGGUUUUGAGCUCUUUGGAAAGGAAAUGCGGAUUGCGUAUGCAAAGACCAGGAGCGAUGCUAGUGUGAAGAGGGAGGGGGGCGAGGAGGAAUAUGAGGUUCAUAAGAGGAGGAGGUUGGCGGAGAAGGGUGAGUUUAUUUUCUUGCUUAUGAAUGCCUAAGGCGAUUGUGAUGGAUCUUUGGAAGGGGUGGGAAUGUGUUACCAGGAGAUGGCAAGGCUAAUAAUAUCUUUUUUUACAUUUAGACAAGAAAAAGGCCGCAGAGCUCGCGUCAAGCAAUACGCUCAAACGACCCAGUGCUGGAGCACCGCUCGCCAACCCUGCAGAUCUCGCUGCGAGACCUAUCAAAGCUACCAGAGGAGCUGGACUCAAAUCUUCGAAUCCUGCCGCUGCAGCUGUCGUGCCUGAUGAGUACUUACCUCCUAACAAGAUUCUUUUCGUGCAAAAUCUACCUGAAGAGUAUGAUGUUGAUAUGUUGACGAGUAUCUUUGGACGAUUUGAGGGCUUUAGGGAGGUGCGAUUGGUGCCUGGAAGAAAGGGUAUUGCGUUCGUUGAGUAUGAGACUGAGACUGGAAGUAUUGGCGCGAAGGAGAAUACGGCGGGUAUGACGUUGGGUGCUGAGCAGAAGGUUAUUAAGGUUACUUAUCAAAGACAGUAAGUUAUGGACGGAUGUUGUUGGCAUGGAAAUAGGAAGAUAUAAAGCUUUCAGGUGCUCGUUUCAUUUCAUGAAAUUUAUUGCAGCUAUGAAUGGGUAUG